AUGACUUUGGACAUGGUUUGUAAUUUCCGCAAGUGUAGAAAAUCUUUAUCCAAUCACGCGUGGGUCACGACUUGUUCUCAUGCGUUUUGUAUAGAACACGGACAACAAGAAUUUAAGAGGAAUGCUGAGAAUUCUUUAACGUGUCCAGCGUGUGGGAGUGAAUUAAAAGAUAAAUUUGAUGUUAUCCAAGCGGAUCUCAAGCCGACUGAGACAUUUAAAUCAAUCGUACUAGCAGGAUUAAAACCGGAUACUAUAAUGGAUGUGGCUAUGAGAGCUAUGUCUUUCUGGUCAUAUCAAGUGGAACAAGAGACUUUGUAUCAAGAAACUCUGGCAAAACAUUCGAAGGAAAAACUGCAAUGUUUAGAAGAAGUGAAUAAGCUUAAUUUGCAGAAAUUAAAAGCAGAAUUAGAAAACUCUAAACGUAAAAUUGCGUCCAUGCAAAUAGAUUUCAACAAGAAACGUAAACAAGCCGAGGAGCUAGCGGCGCGCUUGGAAGAAAAGACGAGACAAAUACAGAAACUAACAUUCCAACUCGACUCACAGAAACGGAAAGAUAUUCCACUGAAAGAUUUGGAAGACAAAAACGAUAAUCAGGAAAAGAUAAUGAACAUAACUGAUUUGGUCGGAAAAAGGGCGGCUUCAGAGGCGUUCAUCUUUAAACCAUUGAAAGAAAUUGAAAAUCAGCAUAGGAUUUGUUCGCCCAAGACGCCCAUGUUUGAUUUCCGACAUAAAAGCAAGCGACCACCAAGCUUUCAGUUUCGACCGAUACACUCGUAG